AUGAAUUUCCUGCGAAGGCGUCUCUCGGACAGUAGUUUUGUGGCUAACUUGCCAAAUGGUUACAUGAUGGACCUUCAGCGUCCAGAUAAUUCCACCAGCAACCCGGUUUCCCCAGCAACAGAGAGGAGGCAGCAGCCAGUACACCAACCUGCUGCUCUUUCUCCUGGUGCCAGCAUCUUCAACUCCAUCUCCAGUGCCAUGAAGCACACCACGCAAGCAGCUGCAGGACUCAUAGAGCAGUCAGCAAGUCCUAUCCCUGUAGCUCAGAAGAAACCCCAAAUUCUCUUGAUAAUUGAUGACCCACACACAGAUUGGGCUAAAUAUUUUCAAGGAAAGAAGGUGAAUGGGGAAUUUGAGAUCCGAGUGGAACAGGCAGAGUUUUCAGAACUCAACUUGGCUGCUUAUUCAACUGCUGGCUGUAUGAUAGACAUGCAGGUCAUAAGGAAUGGCACAAAAGUAGUUUCUAGAUCCUUCAAGCCUGAUUUUGUUCUCAUCCGGCAGCACGCUUACAGCAUGGCCCUAGGAGAAGAUUUUCGCAGCCUUAUCAUUGGCCUCCAAUAUGGUGGAGUCCACAGUAUCAAUUCACUUUUCUCUAUCUACAAUUUCUGCAGCAAACCCUGGGUGUUCUCUCAGCUAAUCAAGAUUGUCAGCUCAUUGGGCCCUGAGAAGUUCCCUCUUGUAGAACAAACAUUCUUCCCAAGCCAUAAACAGAUGCUCACAACUCCAGUUUUCCCAGUAGUCAUCAAGCUAGGACAUGCUCAUGCAGGAAUGGGGAAGGUGAAAAUUGAGAACCAGCAUGAUUUCCAAGACAUUGUAAGUGUGGUAGCCAUGGCCAAAACUUAUGUCACAACAGAGACUUUCGUUGACUCCAAAUACGAUAUCCGAAUCCAGAAAAUUGGCAACAAUUACAAAGCUUACAUGAGGACAUCAAUCUCUGGAAACUGGAAAGCAAACACAGGUUCUGCCAUGUUGGAACAGAUCGCCAUGACUGAGAGAUACCGGCUCUGGGCAGAUUCUGUUGCAGAGAUGUUUGGCGGCCUUGACAUCUGUGCAGUCAAAGCUGUUCACAGCAAGGAUGGGAAAGAUUAUAUCAUUGAGGUGAUGGAUAGCUCAAUGCCUCUGAUAGGAGAACAUGUGGAAGAAGAUAGGCAGCUUAUAGCUGAUUUGGUGGUCUCCAGGAUGACACAGACUUUAAUGACUGUGGGAUCUUCUCCUUCACCUCUGAGGCCUUGGCCUCCAUCACUGAAAUCACAGAUGCAGCCACAGUCAGGACCACAUCUUGGACAGCUUUCACAACCUCGACCACCGCCUCAAGGUGGCCCAUGGCAGCCUCACGGAUCACAGCCCAUACAGCCAGGAGCCCCACCCCAGCAAAGGCUGUCCCCACAGGGUCAGCAACCUCUGAGCCCUCAGUCCACCUCAUCACAGCAGCAAAGGUCACCUGGAUCUCCCCAGCAAACUAGAUCGUCAGCAGGAAGCUCACCAAGCCAGCCAUCAAAAUUAGGCAUGUUUCCUUCCCAGCAGCCUCGACCUCCAGCACAAGGAUGGGCUCCUGGCCAAGGAUUCAGUGAACCUUCCAAGCAACACCCUCAUCUAAACAAAUCACAAUCCUUAACAAACACCUUCAACAUCUCAGAAUCUUCACAGCGAGGUAUUACCAAUGAAGAUGUGGCAAAAGCUGAAACCAUCCGCAACCUGAGGAAGUCAUUUGCUAGCCUGUUUUCUGAUUAGUAUCGCAAUCCAACCUUAGAGCAAUUUUGGAUAUUUGAGUCAUGUUACCUUGCAAAUUCCUCACUCAUUUUAUAUUUCCCUAUACAAAUUUGUCCUUAAAUGUAUCAAUCAUUACAGUUUCUUGUAUGGUCUAUUCAUAUGUACAGCAAAGGGGGAAAAAACAUAAAAAAAGGAAUUGAAUCUGCCUCCCUGUGCUCUGGAUCUCACUGGCAUCCAAAUAAUAUCCAUAACUUCUACAGAUGCAAACCUAUGUCCAUGGGCACUUACGUGUACUAUCAGGCCUACAGAAUGUUGCAGUGCAUAUAAAUGGCUUUGAACCUUUGCUGUGCCAUUUACGGCAGAUGUGCAGAAGAGAGGCAAGUGAGGUGUGCAGAAGAGAGGCAAAAUCAAUCCCCUCGAUACUCAUUUACCUUAACUAUUUUUAUCUACUAGCAUGAUUCUUCAUACAUCUUUUAUAAUGUCCUAUAGGCAUCACAGUAAAAAUCAGCUUCUAGUUUACUCUGUUUAAAGGCUCACACUUACAAAACCACACCUCUAAAAAUGUGUUAUCCAUGACAUCCCUUUGAAUCCGGAAUCAUCUAAAUUCAAAUUUCCUGAACGUAAUUAUUCUAACAAUCCUUAGCUAGCACACAGUUAAGACGCACAGAAGUUGAACCAUUUUACUUUGGUCAGUACACAUCCAGGUUUAAAUCCAUUCUGGUUUCCAGGUGCAGCAAUGUAUAAAGAGAUCAGUUGAAGUUAAAAUGCUUUGCUUGCUCUGUUACAAUAGUGCAACUUACCUAAGACUCAGUAUCAGCUGUGCUAUUUCCAAGUAAUAAAUUAAUCUACAUUGAUGUGAGCCUUUAUAUUGAAUUACCAUGUGUUUGGAAAAGAAUAUACAGAUCUUGAACUACACCUACCAGCAUGUCAGAAUUCAUCUUUAUAGCAGUAUAACAUGUAUUUCAGAAAAAAAAAAGUGACUGAAGCAAAGAACUUUGAACCACAUUGGGACAAGGAUUUCACAAUGAACUACCUCUCUAGAGAUAUUUAAGCAUCAUAAAAUUCUUGUUUUGCAAAGGGAAGUAACCACAAGCCAGUUACAUAUAUGCAUACAAAAGUGAUAAAACUGUUUAGAAAGAAGCCAGCCACCAGGAAGUAGAGCAACUUAAUAUUUUAGUGCCAGCAAAACAGGAAGUAACAGCACAUUCAGGAUGAAAAACAUGGGAAAAGAAUGUGUUUCUUUCCAGCCUCAAGACUUCCCGCUCCCCCAUACCAGUGUCCAAAUUAUGCAUUAUAACGUUAACAUCUUGGCAGCCCAACAAAAUCAGGAUACAAGUUUAAAAAAAGGAGUUGAGGAAGAAAAUAAGAGCCCUGCUGCAAAAUUUUAGCAGGACCGUUCUCACUUUAAACUUUAAUAUGAUGGAGUUCCCUUUUAUUGCACUAUUUAUGCAAAACUGAUGUAAAUGGGACAUUGCACUUAACAGAAAUGCUGUACAUAAUUAGAAUUUAGAGUAAGCACAUCAUUUGUUUUUCAAAUCAGAAGAGUCAAAUUCAAAAAAGCCAUACCACCUGCUUUGCUCCUUAUUGUUUGCACAGCCAAGGCUCUGGUUAUGUUAGCAAGAGAAAAAAAAAUUUUUUUUUUCACCCCAAGUUGAAAAACAGAACCUUACCUGUUGCCCUGCCUUUUCCCUAAAUCCCGUAAAAGCAUUUGGUAGACUGAGCAAAACAAAUGCCACCACUGCUUUGAAUGUUUAGCAGCUAUUCAGAACGAACUGAUUAUCUGAAGAACAAUUCAGCAUUUCAAGUAGAGGAAAGAUAAGGGGACCUUUCCAUUUAAAGUAAGCUGAUUUGCAUUGUUUGUCAAACCCAGUGCACACUGUGCUGAGCUAAAUUUUCAUAGUAACUUAGCCUAAUUUCUUUAACAUUAUUGGUAUGACCAAACUCUGAAUG